GAGCUCCUAGGGGUUUUUCGUUCAUUACCCCACGGCAAACAGCCUUCUUUCCAUUCUCCAGCGGUUUCUACCAGCCUUACGUUCUCUUUCUUUGGUUUACCCAACUGUUUCAUUCCUUUCACUAUUGCAACUUUUACAUCACCAUCUCCGAGAAUAUCUUCAGGAAGUUGUUCUUUGAUACCAUUCAGAUCCUUUAUUUACUUCCGAAUUCCCAAAUAUUCGACCAGAUAUGCGUGCCUCAGCAUACGCAGCAGUUCUCGGGGGCCUCCUUGGAGCAUCCUCAGCAGCAGUUAUCGGUCGUUCCACCGUUGAAUUGAAGCCUAUCAGUCCUGACGUUUUCGUUCCUGGUUUGACGCCGAGAUCCGAAGGAGAAGCACCAACCGUCUUGAGGCCAAUCAACCCAGAUGUCUUUGCCGCGGUGAAUGGGUUGAAACCCAGAGCUAAUGUCGACUUUUCCCGAUUGGAUCUCGCCGAUCAAGCGCAGCUCAUUUUCGGUUCACCAGGGCAAGAUGGCAAUAUCAUGUUGGCAAACAUGACGCUUUAUGCCCCGAGCGGCGAGCUAAUUGUCUCGAUGGAAGCCUUUGAAGGACUUACUUCGGCUGUGGAUUGCAAAGGAGAUGACGGCCAAAUGGCUCUGACAUUCAAGUCUCAAGAGGCCUUUGACUAUGCCCAUAAGCAGUGGUCAUUCAUAAACGAGAGAUCAGAAAGCGCAUUUCUGCUCAUUGCUAACCAUGAUGGGUGUGGUCCGGAUGAUGAAAGACAACCUUACAAGUAUUAAUUCCUAUCAUUAAUUUUUGAAUGUGAGAAUGUUAACAAUUUCUUAGCAUUACUGGGAUCGAUGAUGUCGAAGGAACAUUGACCACUCUUCUUAAAGCCUCUCCAGCCGACUGGAGUGACAUUUGCGGCACUUUUGACCUUGAUUUCGGCACUGCUUCUCUUGCACCUGAUGCCGCCCAGCGCCUGAGAGCUCGUGGAUUGCUUGAUGAUAUUCUCGAUGGUGCCGAUAAUAUUAUCGACGAUGUCGGGGAUGGUAUCAAGGACGGUGUUAAUGCGAUUGGAGAUACUUUCAAAAAGAUUGGAGAUGCCAACCUCGAUAAGACAAUCGUUUUCGACAUUGGUGUUGGAACCGAAAAAAAGAGGACCAAUAUCAUCACUGAUGUCUUGCGAUCCGUGCCCCGUCUAGUCGUUGACUGUGUUGAUUGCUUCAUCGCCGGAAAAUUCAAGGUCGCUGGUAAAAUAUCAGUCGACAACUUUGCUGUUAAGGAAUUAACCAUUGGCGCAUCCCCCCAGGACUUCCGUGCUAAAAUGAUCAUGGAAGCGAAGGUUAACGCCAAGAUUUCGGCUGUUCCCCCAAGCGUUAACCUGACACGGGAGCUCGCUAGCUUCCCCAUCCCGGGUGCCGGAAUUUCAAUCCCCCGUAUCUUUGAGAUUGGCGCUAUCAUUGCUUAUGAAGUUGGCGUUGAGAGCACUAUCAAUGGUGAGGCAAACAUUACAGUCGGUCUGACUGCCACUCUUCCGGACACUGCCCUCGUGGUCCUUGACUUGGCAGAUCUCAGUAAGACCAAGGCUAGCGGCUUUGACGGUGCCACUUUCGAUCCUGUCUUUGAUCUUAACUCUGGCUCUGCUACGUUGAAUAUUGCCGCUGUCUCUCGUCCCAAGCUUACUUUCGGAAUUGAGGUUAUUGGUGUCGGAAAGCUUGAGGCUGCCCUCAAGAUGGGUCUUCCCGUGGUCAGCACUCAGCUCAUUGCUGCAUUCGGUAAGAUGAGAAUUCAGGAUAAGGGUUCCCCAAUUUGAGCACUUUACUAACUCACUCCACAGAUGAGAAUGGUGUUUGUGAAAAGAGUUCGACUGCCUCCAAGACUGGCUUCAAGGUCAACUCCGCAGUCGCAGUUGAGCUUGGAGUCAGUGUUGAUGGCGAGCUUGGUGAUAAAUCUGCUGGUCUUUUUGAGAAAAACAUCUUCGUACGCUCUCCCUCCUCUCUCCCAUACACCGAGUAAUCGCUGACAAGCCGGAAUACAGAGACUUAAGAAGAUUAUUUUCGAAAAGUGUUUCCCCUUCAACAUCCCAGGCCUCAAGUCCGCUCCCAAGCCUCGCCAUUUCAUUGGUCUCCCAGCCAAAUAGUCGAGCAAAGAUCCGGAAACUGUAUGCUCCCGGGGUACAACUAUUCUGUGUCGAUGAAGAUAUUUCUACUACGCAUGGUUCUACUAGUAGAAAGGUUGCUAUGAUAUCGGGCUUUGAGAUUUGGUUUCUAAACUCGGGAAUAUGAUGGAUUAAUGGAACUUCGGGUUUUUUGUACAUAAUUUAUUUGACAAGAUCUAAUCCUGCUUGAAACAGCAGUUAC